GCUGGUUCAUUAUUGAAAAAUCCCAAUGGGUCACCCAAUCAUCAUUCAAUUUGCACCUUCAACAUAAAUAUCUGAAUUUCUGCUCUAAAAUUUAUUUAUUUAUAUUCACCUUUUUGCAAAUUAGUAGAGAAUUACAGUACACAAAAACUUUUUGUUAAAAUGAAUGUAUACACUCCUACUUCAAUUACCAGUAAUUGCUUCGCAGAUUCGUUCUUGCUUCUAAAUCGAAGGAGCAACAGUAAUAUCUAUUACUGUUUUUACAACACCAAGAGAAAGGUCAAGACACUGAAUCAAGAUUUCAUUUCGCACAAUUUCAAGAUUCAGGCUGUUGAAAAAAAUGCUCCUCAGUUGGAUGUUGAGAAGUUAGAAGGUUCAACAACUAAGUCCGGAUUUAAUAGUUUUAGUUGGCCUUCUCCCGAAGAUGAAAUUCCAUUCUGGAAGAGAGAAUUUCCAUCAUGGGAUAUCAACUUGGAUGGUCCUGUUGACAUCAAGAAGGAUUCUGAUCUUAUACACAUUGUUCACGUGACAGCUGAAAUGGCACCCAUAGCAAAGGUUGGAGGUCUUGGUGACGUAGUGACUGGACUUGCCCGUGCAUGUUUGUCACGUGGCCAUAAAGUGAAUGUUUUUUUACCCUUCUACGAGUGUAUCAACAAGCAGCAGAUCAAAAACUUGGAAUUGGUGAAUACAUAUGACUCCUAUUAUGACGGGAGUUGGGUCUCUACUAAUGCAUAUCAGGGAGUAGUUUCUGGCAUCCCUGUGAUAUUUGUCGAACCAUCGAACCACUUCUUUAAGGGACAAUGUGUCUAUGGAGGUUCAUACAAUGAACUGGAAGCAUAUCUAUUCUUUAGCCGUGCUUGCCUUGAAUGGAUGCAGGUCACAGGAACCCAGCCUGAUAUCAUUCAUGUCCACGAAUGGCAGACUGGUGCUUUGCCUCUGCUUUACUGGGAUAUGUACCAUCAUCUCUCGCUCAGGAUACCAAAAAUAGCGUUGACUAUUCACAAUAUGGAGCAUUACGGAGAGUGCAGCAAAGAGCAGCUCAGCAAAUGUGGCCUUGAUGGAUCUAUAUAUGCAACUGAAGAGAAGGCUGUGGAUGAUCGAACUAUUGGCCAUAAUCCUGAGCGGAUAAGCUUAUUGAAAGGAGGCAUAGUCUAUAGCAAUGCAGUAGUUACAGUCUCUCCUACUUACCUCAAGGAAACACUUUGCUCGGGAUGGCUUGCAGGCACAUUGAUAAGACACCGUGAGAAGUACCGUGGUAUUUUGAAUGGGAUAGAUACUGGAAUGUGGAACCCUGCAACCGACAUUUUCUUGCCUGCUAAGUUUGAUGCUCUUAAUAUUGAAGAAAAGAAGACAUGUAAGCACUUUGUUCAACGAGGACUUGGUCUGGCUUCAGGAGGACAUCAGAUGGGUAGUCAUGCACCCGAUAAAGUGCCUCUGGUGGUAUGCAUUACUCGAUUAGUUCCUCAGAAAGGUCUUCAUUUGAUAACUCAUGCGAUUAAGUAUGUUAAAGAAAUUAGCGGACAAAUGGUUGUGCUAGGAAGAGCCUCGGAUAGUCGGGUGGAAAGAGAAUUCAAAGAUCUUGCAGAUCUGCAUAAUAAUGGUUCCAGCAUCCGGAUCCUUCUGACGUAUAGCGAGGAAUUGUCCCACAUGCUUUAUGCUGCUGCAGACAUGGUGUUGGUUCCAUCAAUAUAUGAGCCAUGCGGACUUGCUCAGCUGAUUGGAAUGCGUUAUGGAGCAGUUCCUGUAGUUAGAAAGACGGGUGGUCUUGCGGACACUGUCUUUGACAUGGAUGAUCAGUCACAACCUGAGAUGGCAAAUGGAUUUGUUUUUGAAGGAAUAGACGAAGCAUCUCUAAACUGGGCCCUAGACCGUGCCUUUCGUUACUAUUGUGGAAAACCUAAUGAAUGGAGUGCCAUUGUACAAAAGGUCAUGCACAUCGAUAGUAGCUGGAAUAAUACAGCAGGGAAGUACAUUGAUCUCUACAACUCUAUAAGAGUAAGAGAGUGAACUUCAGAUCUAGCAUUAUUAAGUCCAUUUCCCAGGUGAACGUGUUGCUACUGUGGAAACUGUGUAUUCAAAUCUGAAAAUUAAACUACAGAAGGGUGUUGGGGUGGGUGGGGAUAGGGGUAUGAUUGAGCUUGGGUAAAAGGGUAAACCAAGAGCUUGUAUAAGCACUAUCAUGUGCAUAGUUUGUUCUUUGCAAGGCGCUGCAGUAGUUGAUACCAGGUGCCUAAGAACAUCAGAUUUUUAAAAUUAUCGUACGUCUGUUUAUCUAAAUUGGAUACACAACGGAAACAUUCAGGCAGAAGGCAAAUUUUCUAUUCGAUGAGCAAGUUUUCGAAAGCUGGUCUA